ACCGGCUCGCGAGCGCAGCUAUGGCUGCUGGCGUACCCUGUGCGUUGGUCACCAGCUGCUCCUCCGCCUUCUCUGGAGACCAGCUGGUCCAACGUGAGUAGAUAGGCGCCUGGGCCGACCUCCAAGGCCCCUGAGCCUCGGCGGGCGACGGACCCAGCACCACAGCCUCUCUGGGCCUUGUUCCCGCCGCGGGCCCUGCGUUCUUCCUCCAGUCAGUGGAGGCGCCCAGUCUCCCCAGGUGGCUGCCCCUAGCUCUUAAUCUCGUGCUUUUCUGCCCACUCGGCCUUCUUCGGCGUUCCUUUCGGCUUCCUGUGUAAAGUGAGACUGAUUUCCCGCUCUGCCCAGCCCAGCCCACAGGUUUUUGCGAGGAUCCGUUGAGAUGAACCUGAAGGCUCUCCGGAAAUUGCGCUAGGUUACAGGAGUAUAUCCUUGGAACAGAAGAUCUUAUUGUGGAAGUGACUUCCAAUGAUGCUGUGAGAUUUUAUCCCUGGACCAUUGAUAAUAAAUACUAUUCAGCAGACAUCAAUCUAUGUGUGGUGCCAAACAAAUUUCUUGUUACUGCAGAGAUUGCAGAAUCUGUCCAAGCAUUUGUGGUUUACUUUGACAGCACACAAAAAUCGGGCCUUGAUAGUGUCUCCUCAUGGCUUCCACUGGCAAAAGCAUGGUUACCUGAGGUGAUGAUCUUGGUCUGCGAUAGAGUGUCUGAAGAUGGUAUAAACCGACAAAAAGCUCAAGAAUGGUGCAUCAAACAUGGCUUUGAAUUGGUAGAACUUAGUCCAGAGGAGUUGCCUGAGGAGGAUGAUGACUUCCCAGAAUCUACAGGAGUAAAGCGAAUUGUCCAAGCCCUGAAUGCCAAUGUGUGGUCCAAUGUAGUGAUGAAGAAUGAUAGGAACCAAGGCUUUAGCCUUCUCAACUCAUUGACUGGAACAAACCAUAGCAUUGGGUCAGCAGACCCCUGUCACCCAGAGCAACCCCAUUUGCCAGCAGCAGAUAGUACUGAAUCCCUCUCUGAUCAUCGGGGUGGUGCAUCUAACACAACAGAUGCCCAGGUUGAUAGCAUUGUGGAUCCCAUGUUAGAUCUGGAUAUUCAAGAAUUAGCCAGUCUUACCACUGGAGGAGGAGAUGUGGAGAAUUUUGAAAGACUCUUUUCAAAGUUAAAGGAAAUGAAAGACAAGGCUGCGACGCUUCCUCACGAGCAAAGAAAAGUGCAUGCAGAAAAGGUGGCCAAAGCAUUCUGGAUGGCAAUCGGGGGAGACAGAGAUGAAAUUGAAGGCCUUUCAUCUGAUGAAGAGCACUAAAUUAUUCAUACUAGGGUUUGACUAACAAAGAUGCUAGCUGUCUCUGAGAUACCUCUCUACUCAGCCCAGUCAUAUUUUGCCAAAAUUGCCCUUAUCAUGUUGGCUGCCUGACUUGUUUAUAGGGUCCCCUUAAUUUUAGUUUUUAGUAGGAGGUUAAGGAGAAAUCUUUUUUUUCCUCAGUAUAUUCUAAGAGAGUGAGGAAUACAGUGAUAGUAAUGAGUGAGGAUUUCUUAAAUAUACUUUUUUUUGGUUCUAGGAAUGAGGGUAGGAUAAAUCUCAGAGGUCUGUGUGAUUUACUCAAGUUGAAGACAACCUCCAGGCCAUUCCUGGUCAACCUUUUAAGUAGCAUUUCCAGCAUUCACACUUGAUACUGCACAUCAGGAGUUGUGUCACCUUUCCUGGGUGAUUUGGGUUUUCUCCAUUCAAGGAGCUUGUAGCUCUGAGCUAUGAUGCUUUUAUUGGGAGGAAAGGAGGCAGCUGCAGAAUUGAUGUGAGCUAUGUGGGGCCGAAGUCUCAGCCCGCAGCUAAGUCUCUACCUAAGAAAAUGCCUCUGGGCAUUCUUUUGAAGUAUAGUGUCUGAGCUCAUGCUAGAAAGAAUCAAAAAGCCAGUGUGGAUUUUUAGACUGUAAUAAAUGAGGCAAAGGAUUUCUAUUCCAGUGGGAAUAAAACCUCUCUACUGAGUUGUGGGGGAUAUGUUGUAUGUUAGAGAGAACCUUAAGGAGUCCUUGUAUGGGCCAUGGAGACAGUAUGUGAUAACAUACCGUGAUUUUCAUGAAGAAAUUUUUCUGUCUUAGAGUUCUCCCCUGCUGCUUGAGAUGCCAGAGCUGUGUUGUCGCACACCCGCAAAACAAGGCACAUUUCCCCCUUUCUCUUUAAAGCCAAAGAGAGAUCACUGCCAAAGUGGGAGCACUAAGGGGUGGGUGGGGAAGUGAAAUGUUAGGUGAUGAAUUCCUGAGCACCUUGUUUUUCUUCCAAGGUUCGUAGCUCCUCUCUGCCCUUCCAAGCCUGUAACCUCGGAGGACUAUCUUUUGUUCUUUAUCCUUUGUCUUGUUUGAGUGGGUCAGCCCCAGAGGAACUGAUAAGCAAAUGGCAAGUUUUUAAAGGAAGAGUGGAAAGUACUGCAAAUAAAAAUCCUUAUUUGUUUUUGUA